AUGAAGGUCAAGAUCAAAGCCUACCACGCCCUCGCCACCUGGAAAUGGGACCUCCCCGACGACUCUGACGACACCUGUGGCAUCUGCCGCGUGAAUUUCGAAGGGACGUGUUCGAAGUGCAAAUACCCCGGCAGCGACUGUCCCAUCAUCAUCGGCCAAUGCACCCACACCUUCCACAUCCACUGCAUCGCGAACUGGCUCGAGAGCGAAGCAAGCCUCGGGAAAUGCCCCAUGUGCCGCCAGAAGUUCCAG